UAAAAUACAAGGAGAGAGGAAUUUAUAUAUAUUAUCAAGAAAACAACUUCCUCUAAAAAGGGUCUCUAUAUAUAUAAACUUAGCACCUUAAGAUUUAACAUAGAUCAAGAAAAAAAAUCCCUCAAACAACAAAACAAAAGUUAAAAGACAUGAAGCAACAACGUUACUUGGUCGUCUUCUUCUUUGUCCUUUUCAGCUUUCUCCUGUUUGUGAAUCUGAGUGAAGGAAGAUCAGGAGGAGUUGCAGAGGAAUAUUGGAAGAAGGUGAUGAAGAAUGAGCCACUACCUGAACCAAUCAAGGAGCUUCUCAACAAUCCAUUUAGGACAGCAAAAGAGAGAUUCGUCAAGAACUUCAACACCAAAUCUAUCGUCAUCAUCUACCACAAUCCUAAUGUAUAAGUCAUUCUCAAAAAUAUAUGACUAAUGGCUCUGUGUUUAUGUAUGUAUCGGUUUAUACAAGCACGUACAUGUGUGUAAUAAUUAAGUAAAGAACAGCUGCUUAAGUUGUUUAAGUAUAACUGAAGAAAUGUUAACCCUAGCGAUAAGGGACUUUUUCUAACCAUUAAUGUGAGUCUUUGUGUGGUAAUGGGCUAAUGGCUU